GUGACAGCCCGAACUGAACGCAUAGUCGCCUAUCUAUAAUGAUUAUUUAAAUAACCUCAGUUUUAUUAUAGCAAUUGAAGAAAUUAAAAGACACAGUGAGUGAAUUGGUGGAGUUGAGUGAAUUGAAGACGAAGAAGCAUAGCAAACAAUGGCGGAAAAAGAAAACAGACGGGUUCUCCAGUUCGCACCUUUUCAAAGUUCCGUCGACGAGGGUUUCUGGCGGAGAUUAUCUUCUCUCAAGCUCGAUACCUUAGGGAUUGAUCAGUCGCCUAUUGCCAUCACGGGUUUCUAUGCUCCUUGCUCUCAUGCCCAAGUUUCAAAUCAUUUAACGCUUCUUUCUGAAUCUUUUCCCCAUGAACCAAGUGAACAAUCAUCAGAAUCAAUAGUAACUCGUGGUAACAGGAACAGGUGUCCUAUUCCAGGCAUACUGUACAACAUGAAUACACUGGAGAGUUUCCGUGCCCUUGAUAAACAGAGCUUGCUCAAGGCAGAAGCAAAGAAGAUUUGGGACGAUAUUUGCUCUGGAAAAGCUCAGGAAGAUGCUGCCUUGCUUUCCAGAUUCCUUCUCAUCUCGUUUGCUGACUUGAAAAAGUGGAGUUUUCAUUACUGGUUUGCAUUUCCUGCUCUUGUGCUUGAUCCUCCAGCAACAUUGAUUGAUUUGCAGCCGGCUUCACAGUAUUUCUGCUUAGAAGAGGCAGAAUCCCUGUCGGCAGCUUGUAAUGGAUGGCGUGCCUCAAGUCUAACUGCAGAUAUACCAUUCUUUCUAGUUACUAUUGCUUCAAAUUCCCAUGCCACUAUUAGGCCUUUACGAGACUGGGAUGCUUGCCAGGGUGAUGGUGAAAAGAUUCUUUUUGGUUUCUACGAUCCAUGUCAUCUCCCAAAUAAUCCCGGUUGGCCUCUACGUAACUUUCUUGCACUCAUUUAUUCAAGAUGGAAUCUAGAGAGGGUUCGUUUUCUAUGCUACCGAGAACAACGAGGCUUUGCAGAUAUGGGAUUGUCCCUUGUUGGUGAAGUCUUGCUUUCAGUUCCACAAGGCUGGAGAGAUUGUCAAUCUGUACCCAAUGCUGUGGGAUGGGAGCUAAACAGAAACAAGAAAGUUCCCAGGUGUAUAAGGCUUGCUGAAUCUAUGGAUCCAAUGAGGUUGGCCAUAUCUGCAGCAGAUUUGAAUUUGAAACUCAUGAGAUGGCGUGCUUUGCCAUCUUUAAAUCUAAAUAUCUUGUCAACUACCAGAUGCCUUCUCUUAGGAGCAGGGACACUUGGGUGCCAGGUUGCUCGUAUGCUUAUGGCUUGGGGUGUCCGGAAAAUUACACUACUUGACAGUGGUCGGGUGGCUAUGUCUAAUCCAUUAAGACAGUCUUUGUAUACCUUUGAUGAUUGCCUCAAUGGUGGUUAUUUAAAAGCCAUGGCAGCAGCUAGCAGUCUCAAGAAAAUAUUUCCAGCUGUGGAAGCUGAGGGAAUUGUAAUGGCAAUACCAAUGCCUGGGCACCCAGUGGCAGCCCAAGAAGAAAAUAAUGUGAUGGAAGACUGCAAAUGUCUUCAAGAUUUGAUUGCUUCUCAUGAUGCAGUAUUCUUGUUGACUGAUACAAGGGAAAGUCGAUGGCUUCCAACACUUUUUUGUUCUAAUGCCAACAAGAUAACUAUAACUGCAGCUUUAGGGUUUGACAGCUUUGUAGUUAUGCGCCAUGGAGCUGGUCCUUUCAGUUUUAGUGGUGACAACAAAGGUGAAGAUGAAGAUGCUUUGGCCACUUCAAUAGCCAACUUAUCCCCAUCAGGAGGAGAUGGAGGCCAACGGUUAGGCUGUUACUUCUGCAAUGAUGUGGUUGCUCCUAUUGAUUCAACUGCCAACCGCACAUUGGACCAACAAUGCACUGUUACACGACCAGGACUUGCUCCCAUUGCCUCUGCCCUUGCCAUUGAGCUGUUAGUGGGAAUUUUGCAUCACCCAGAUGGGAUACUUGCCCCAGGUGAGAUUGCCAGCUCCAGUGGUGAGGAGAGCAAUGAGCAACCACUUGGUAUUCUUCCUCAUCAGAUCCGGGGUUCCCUUUCUCAAUUCUCUCAAAUGACACUUGUUGGUCAUUCCUCUAAUAGUUGUACAGCCUGUUGCAGCACUGUGAUAUCUGAGUACAGGAAAAGGGGGAUGGACUUUAUUCUCCAAGCUAUUAACCACCCUACGUAUUUAGAGGAUCUCACAGGACUAACAGAGUUGAUGAAGUCUGCAAGCUCUUUUAAACUGGAUUGGGAUAACGAUGCUGACAGUGAUGAUGAUACUGCUGAGAUCUAAUAGGUUCUUUACACAUUAUUCUUUGUACUAAAAGUACAUGUCAAUUGUGCAAAAUCUAGUGGAAAGUAGUUUGCUGAUUAUUUUUUUUAAUCUACAUUAACUAUUGAAAAUUGUCUCUUGUAAUCACUCGUGUACAUCUGAUCAUUAUAUUAAGAAAAUUUGCCCUUUUGGUCUCUGCUUGAUCAAAUAAAAU